CACCACAAACGAACAGGCACAUGACUUACACGUUAUCGACUUGUUUCGACCACAUUUUGUACUAAGAAAACUCUUUCAGAUUUCCAAUUAUUAAUAAUGAAGAAAAAAUUUUACUUUUCUAUAUAUGGACACAUCUCAAAAGCUGUGUUCAUCGAUCAGCAUAGCGACGGAAGAGAGACGAAGGAGAAAGAAAGUGAAGAUGAGAGGAAAAGAUAAGCAUGAAUCUGAAACCCCCCAUGUGCUCAUAUUUCCAUUACCAGCGCAAGGACAUGUCAAUUCCAUGCUCCUCCUGGCGGAGCUUCUCGCCAUUUCCGACGUCCACGUCACCUUUCUCAACACCCACCACAUUCACCACCGUCUACUCCAGUUCGCCGGCAACAUCGAAGCUCGACAUCCUACUCUUGGCUUCAAGACCUUCGCCGACGGCGUUGCCCAGGACCACCCGCGAUUCGGAGGCGACAUGAACGAAUUCUUCAACCACGUUAAGUUUCAGGGCAGCCUCAAGUUGAGGGAGUUGUGCUCCGACCAUUCUGGAAAGCCAAGGAUCACUUGCAUUAUAGCUGAUGGCAUGUUCGGAGACAUAUCCUCCGACAUCGGAGACGAGCUCGGCAUACCCAUAAUUCAUUUCCGUACGGCGAGUGCAUGCAGUUUCUGGUCAUUUUUUUCUGUCCCUGUGCUCCUUCAAAGCAACGAACUUCCAAUUAGAGGGGAGGAAGACAUGGAUCGUGUAAUAACAAAAAUCCCAGGUAUGGAAAACUUGAUUCGGUGUCGGGAUCUUCCAAGUCUUUGUCGAGGAACCCAUGAUGGCAAAUUUUCUCUGGACACCGUGGUAUUCCAGACCCAUCAAUCACUUCGAGCUCAAGCUCUGAUUUCUAACACAUUUGAAGACUUGGAAGGUUCGGUCCUCUCCCAAAUACGGAAUCGCUUCCCCAAACUCUACGCCCUCGGUCCUCUCCACGCACACCUCAGUUACAGAAAAGCCUCCAAAACGCCGUCGGAGGAGGAACCGCCUCCUUCCUUCACAAACAGUCUCUACGAUGUAGACAGAACAUGCAUUAGGUGGCUCGACGCUCAGCCCCCAAAGUCGGUGAUAUACGUGAGCUUUGGCAGCGUGGCUAUCAUCACGAGGGAUCAAUUGAUGGAGAUAUGGUACGGUUUGGUGAACAGCAAGAAGCGGUUCUUGUGGGUAUUCCGACCCAACUUGGUGGCGGAACAAGAAGCGAAAGAUCUGCCGUUGGAGCUUGUGGAAGGGACAAAGCAGAGAGGGUGUACAGUGGGCUGGGCCCCACAACAGGAGGUGCUUGGACAUGCGGCGGUCGGCGGGUUCAUGACACACAGUGGGUGGAACUCGACGUUGGAGGGGGUGGUGGCCGGCGUUCCGAUGCUUUGCUGGCCGAACUUCGGCGACCAACAGAUAAACAGCAGAUAUGUGAGUGAGGUGUGGAAGAUGGGGUUAGAUAUGAAGGACUUGUGUGAUAGGAAAGUUGUAGAGAAGAUGGUAAACGAUCUGAUGGAGGAGAGGAGGGAGGAGUUUGAGAAAUCGACGCAGGCUAUGGCAACCUUAGCCAAAAAGAGCGUGCGUGAAGGUGGUUCCUCGUGCUCCGAUUUGGAUAGUUUGAUUGAGUAUUUAAGGUCAAUUUGUUAAGGAAAAUGGCCAUCGUUUUUCUGACGUUGAGGUAAA